GGAUCAUUCGGUGGAUUUAUUGUCCAUCAAAUUGGUGCUCUCAUUGAGAGUUCGAGAAUCAUACUCAGAGGAAAUCCUACAUAGAGACGAUGGUGCAAACGCGUAGUAACGCCAAUGUAGGUACUGGAGUUCCCCAACAGGGGGAGAACAGCACCACUGGAGGUCAGAACCCUCCCAUCACCACCGGGGAGGCUGAGGCCCUCAUUCAGAGGGUUGGAAUCACGGCCGAACAAUUCAAAGAGGUGCUGGCCGCACUUGCGCCCAACUGCGAGGUUGUGGUGGAAGAUGUGGCUGGGGGACCCACAGGCGGGAAGGCUGGACCUACAGGCUCCCAAGGAAAAAAGAAAAAAAAAGAGGACGACUCGUCCUCCUUCGAGCGGAUGUCUGCUUUUGACCGUUUGGGAGACCCCAAGUCAAAGAAGCCUCGGACCUCUGCGUUCGAACGGCUGCAGGACACUCGGUCGGCCCGAAAAGGCGACCUGAGAGACACACUCAAGGAGAAGAGAGGGGAGUCCACAGCGACCUCCAAGGUCGGUUCUGAGGAGCGACGGACGACCGUCGGGGAUAAGGGCGCAGCUGAACUGUGGAAAAUGUACGAGCAGCUGGAGAAGCGGCUGGACGCCCAAAACCCCUAUCGCCAGGCGGUCUUCAGUGAGGUAACGCCCUUCUCCAGAAGGGUAAUGUCCUGCCCUCUCCCAGAUAAUUUCAAGACUCCCCAGAUCAAGGCGUACAACGGGACGACCGAUCCCCAAGACCACCUCGCUCGCUUCGGGGCCAACGUGGUCAUGUUUGCGUAUCCAGAAGAAAUCAAGUGUCGAUGUUUCCUGGCGACGCUGGAAGGGCAGGCUUGUGAAUGGUUCCACAAGUUACCCAAGGGGUCGAUAGAUAAGUGGAGCGACCUGGCCCACAAGUUCUUGGAGCACUUCGCAUCCAGCCGGAGACAGAAGCUCCCCUUCUCGCAUCUGCUCAAUGUGAAGAUCCGGAAGGGGGAACAGCUCCGGGAAUUCAUUAAUAGGUGGGAGAAGGAGGCUAGGGACGUCCAAGGGGCGGACGACCAGGCCCUGAUCGCCAUGCUCCAAGCUGCACUCCCCCAAGGGGAUGUGCGCAAAGAGCUGCGGCGGAAUCCUCUCUCAACCUAUCAAGAGAUGUUGGCCCGGGCGAAGUACUUGGCAUUGGAAGAAGAAGAUGAUGAGCCACCAGUCCGGAAGGAGAAGAAAAAUGGGCCACUGGUGGCAGAAGGGAAGAAGAGGAAGGACUAUGGUAAGGGGCCAAACCCCACCGGGUAUCAUGUGAACAUGCAUCCUAUUCAUGCGGUACAGUCGUCGCCUGCUCCUCCUCACAGUCGGGAAAGCUAUGGUGUGCAGGAUGCACCCAAAUACUGUGAGUACCACCGUAACAACACCCACAAUACGUCGGAGUGCGUCACGUUGAGGAAGGAGAUGGAUCAGCAGAUCGCUAGAGGGCCACCUCCUUGGACGGAACGACCAUCCUCAGGUAACCGGACCUGGAGGAGGCCUUCAGCCCCCAUAGCAGCGAUCACAGCAGGAGAGGGGCAAGAAGAUGGACGGCGGCACCUAGGACGAGAUUGUGACGAUCUAGAUGAAGAGGAAAGGCAAGGUCGCCGACACCUGGGGUGUCGGCCGCCGCUGCCUAAGCGGAAGAAGAAGGAACCUCUGAUCUUCACAGAUGAGGGUUAUCCCCCAGUCCUCAGCCCCCACAGGGACGCUCUGGUGAUAAAGGUAGAAAUCAAUAAUGUGGUUGUUCACCGCACUUUGGUCGAUACGGGCAGCUCGGUCAACGUAAUGUACAGCAACACCUUUAAGGAGUUGGGGUUGUCCCGAGGUGACCUGAAACCAAUCCAUACGCCGCUAUCGGGGUUUACAGGGGAUACGAUCGAAGCUGAAGGCACUAUCACGGUGAAGGCCGGGGUAGGAGAUGGCACCCACCAACUCUGGGUCGACAUGGAAUUUAUGGUAGUGCAGCUCGACUGUGCACACCAUUUGAUCCUGGGGCGACCAGGGUUGGAGGACCUGGAGUGCGUAAUCUCCCCCGUCCACCUAUGCUUAAAGUUCAAUACUCCCACGGGAGUGGGGAUAGCAAGGGGAAACCAAAGCCUGUCACGGUCGUGCUACGUCAGGGCGACCAAGAGGCGAGCCCGGGUCGACGAGAAUGUGAGUACGAUCUGCACCGCAAUCCAGAAGGAGGAGGGGCGACCACGAGCUGAGCCGGUGGAGGAGGUCGAAGAAGUUUCCUUGGACCCGGCCGAACCACAGUGGAAGGUGAAGGUAGGUAGAACCCUACCGCUUGAAUUAAAGGAGCAAUUAUUAGAGGUCCUCCGAGCAUUCAAAGUGCUAUUCGCUUGGGGACCAGAGGAUAUGCCAGGGGUCGACCCAAAAAUCAUCUGCCAUAGAUUGGCAGUGGAUCCGACCCACAGGCCGGUCAAACAGAAGAAGCGUUUCCUUUCCUCCGAACGGAGGGAGUUUGUCACCAAGCAAGUGACGACCCUAGAAUCCAUCGGGCACAUCCGGGAGAUAGAGUUUAAGCCACGACCGGCGAUAAAGGGGCAGGCGUUAGCGGAUUUCGUGGUAGAAUGCACUGCGAGAGAGGUAGAGUCUAGUGGAGAAGAACCCGAAGGGAACUGGUGGACCGUGUACACCGAUGGGUCGUCCGCGACUGAUGCUUCGGGGGGAGGUGUCGUGGCGAUAUCGCCAGAAGGAUUCAAAGCGUACUACUCUCUAGUAGUAGGCCAUGUUACGGGAGAGUUUGAGGCCAAGGAUGAGCGAAUGAAGAAAUAUAGAGACGCCGCUCUGGAGCUGCUUAAGGCAUUUGGGGCAUACCGGAUAGAACAGGUCCCUCGAGGAGAGAACGCUGAAGCAGAUAUCUUGUCAAAGCUUGGUCCGGAUUCCCUAGAUCAUAUCAAGGCGAUGACUCAGGAGGAAGAGUUGCUCGAACCAAGCAUCAGUCCCGGACAAGUGCUGAUCAUCACACUCAAAGAGGAGCCGGAUUGGAUUGAUGAGAUUACCAUGUACAUCCUUGACGGGUCGCUACCUAUCGACCCAAUCGCGGCAAAGGAAAGUAACCCUCAAGGAUACUUCUGGCCAACGAUUAUUAGAGAUUGUGCAGAGUAUGUGCGCAAAUGCAAGGUCUGCCAGGAGUUCCAAAGGGUGCCGGGGCGACCGGCGACGAAUUACACCCCGAUAAGCACGACGAUUCCCUUUGCUCGGUGGGGCAUCGAUCUGGUCGGUAUUUUGCCUCGGGGGACAGGGAACAACACAUACCUGAUGGUCGCGAUCGACUACUUCACCAAGUGGGUCGAGGCCGCCCCCGUGCCAACCAUCACUGCGGAGCAGAUGACGAAGUUCGUCUCCAAGCAAAUCUUGUGCCGAUUUGGGGUGCCUCAGCAGAUCAUCACUGACAACGGAACCCAAUUCGAGGCCGGAGGGUUCAAUAAGUUUCUACAGAGCUGGGGCAUAAAACACAGCUAUGCAGCGGUCGGGUACCCCCAAACCAAUGGGCAGGUCGAGAACAUCAAUCGCACCAUCAUAGACGGCCUCAGGAAGAAGAUAAUGGAAUGCAAAAGUGCUUGGGUGGAAGAGUUGCCCUAUAUUUUGUGGACCUACAGAACCACCCCAAGGAAGGCCACAGGUGAAACCCCUUUCUCGCUCACAUAUGGAUUUGAAGCAAGGGCUCCAGCGGAGACCUCGUUGUUAAGUUAUAGAGUAGAGACGUUUGAUGCUCAAGAAAAUGAAGAGAACUUGAGGGCAGAAUUGCACCUCAUUGAUGAGCGAAGGGAAAGGGCAUAUAUGCGGGCAGAAAACUACCGUCGACAGGUCAAGUCAUAUUACGACCAGCGGGUGCGACCAAGGCAGUUCAAGAUGGGCGACUGGGUCCUUCGGAAAAGGGAAGUCAGUCGGCCGACCAAUGGAGGGAAGUUUGCUAAAAGCUUCGAAGGGCCAUAUAUCAUAAAGGAGGUGUUGGCUGAUGGGACAUUUAGAUUGCAGACUCCAGCCGGUGGCGACGUUCCGCGAGUAUGGAAUGCCGCCAACCUUAUCAAAUUUUAUCAAUAGAUUGUACUCCAACCAUGUCUCUUUCGUGAAGUUUAAUAAAACCAGUUUUCUGGCACAUAUUGUCUUCAAUUCUCGAAAAACAAAAAAGGGAGUGACCACAAGGGAUCGCUAAGCCUAAACGUCAUGGUGAUUCGUGCUAAGAUACCCAGUGUUGGGUGAAGCGCCGAACCCUGACAAGCGACCGAGGUGGAGGGUUGUCAGGCGACGCGACUAAUCAGAGAACGACGCCGUGGCAAGGAAGCCCGAGAAAACGGCUAAGUCUGGAACAAAAGAUCUACUGAUCG